AUGUCCGGCACAAUAUUGGAAAAUCUAAGCGGCCGUAAACUUUCCAUAUUGGUGGGUCUGCUACUUGUCUGUCAAGUGAUAUGUUUCUUGUUGGGUGGUCUGUUUGCUCCGGUACCGGCAGGCCAUCAAAAUAUUUUAGGAAUGGUGUGCAAGGACAAACCUCAACGACAAAAUGACACUACUUUUUGGCUGUACUCACGCGGCGCCGGACAAUGUGCAUCCAUAUCACAGGAAGAAAUCGAACAGCACUAUACUAAAAUGGCCAAUGAAAUCGUGUAUUUAUUUCAAAUGCCGCUACCAAGAGAUGGCAAGCAGCUGGAUUAUUCGCGUUGGCAACAAAAUCUUAUUGGCGUCUUACAAGUGGAUUUGGCCUAUUCCUCUGAAGUGGGAUUGGUGGAGCCACCUAAAGAACUUAAAUUGACAAUUGAUGCCCGCUUGGCAUAUCGAAAUAAGCAAGAUGCUCCCAACGAUUGGAAAUUGUACGCACGUUCGAUAGAAGAACGCUAUCUGGAUUGUCAUCCUGUUCACACUAGUCAGCAGGAAACAUUAUAUUCUUGUGAAAUGAUACCCCUCUUUGAAUUGGGGGCCCUUCAUUACGACUACUAUUUGUUGAAUUUGCGUUUCCCCAUCGAUACCGACAUGCGUAUGAAUUUGAAUAUUGGACAUAUGCACGAUCUUACACUGACGGCUAUUUAUCAAAACGGAGGCUUCACCAAAGUCUGGUUGUCCCUAAAAACGGUGCUGUUUCCCUUUAUCGUUGGCAUAAUGAUUUGGUUCUGGCGUCGUGUUCAUAUCUUGCAAAGAUCCCCAGCUCUGCUGGAAUAUAUGCUAAUAUAUUUGGGCGGUGCUUUGACAUUUUUAAAUUUACCCUUGGAAUAUUUAACUCUUGGUAUUGAAAUGCCCUACAUGUUGUUAGUAAGCGACAUACGUCAGGGAAUAUUUUACGCAAUGCUAUUGUCGUUUUGGUUAGUUUUUGCCGGAGAGCAUAUGUUGAUACAGGAAUCGCCCCAGAAGAAUUCUAUACGCUCACGGUACUGGAAACACUUGUCUGCCGUGGUAAGCUGUUGUUUGUUCCUGUUCAUUUUCGAUAUCUGCGAACGAGGUGUACAAUUGCGCAAUCCUUUCUAUUCGAUAUGGACCACCCCGAUUGGAUCGAAAGUUGCACUCAGUUUUAUUAUACUGGCUGGCAUAUCUGCUGGUGUUUAUUUUAUAUUUUUGUGCUAUAUGGUUGGAAAAGUAUUUCGUAAUAUUGGUGCCAAAAGAACCUCAUUGCCGUCAAUGUCCCAGGCUCGCCGUUUGCAUUAUGAAGGACUCAUUUACCGUUUCAAGUUUUUAAUGCUGGCCACAUUGCUAUGUGCAGCAUUGACAGUUAUUGGCUUUAUCAUGGGACAGGUGGCCGAGGGACACUGGAAAUGGGAUGAAGACAUUGAGAUCCAAUUGACAUCGGCAUUUUUGACCGGCGUUUAUGGAAUGUGGAAUAUCUACAUAUUCGCAUUGCUUAUUCUGUAUGCCCCUAGUCACAAGCAAUGGCCCUGCGCAAACUCUAAUGAAACUUCACAAUCGAAUGAAAAUAUUGUAGCAGCUGCUGCUAAUGAAGAAAUAGAAUUUAACAAUUUGCCCUCCGAUACAAAUCCAAGCGAAAUAUCAUCACUUACUUCCUUCACGCGUAAAGUAGCUUUUGAUUAAAGA